AUGGCCCGCCGCAACAAGCGAGGCAGGGCCGCAGCGGCUGCCGCCAACGACUUCACGAUCCACGAAGACCAGCCUACACCCAUUGACGACAGCGACACUCGAGACUUUGCAAACGGCGCUACCGAAUCGAACCUGACCAAGGCUAGCACCCUCGUUAACGAGGACGCGAGCGUCGAGAAUGACGAGAAGAGCGUCGAAGCUCGCUUGGACAGCAUGCUGGAGGAGUUGGGGGACAAGAAGAACAUAAGUGCACCGAGCUCGAGACGAGAGUCACUAGACUCGCGCAGAGACUCAUUUGACUCUUUGAAGAAGAGCAGAGACAGCCUGCACGAGACAGACUACACAGAGGACAACGUUUCCAGAAGAGAAUCAGGCGCCUCCUACGACGCCACUGACGACUCGUACUCUCGACGGGACUCCAUCGGCACCUAUUCCAGCCGCAGAGAGUCAGGGUACUCAGAGUCUCAAGACCAGUCGGCACUCGAUGACAGUGUCCUAGGCGACCAUUCCACAACCUCAGACCAUUCAUCCUCCUCUCUCCACCGACGAGCCUCGGGCCGAACUGAAGCUCUGAUCCAUGCUGCAGCCCGCAACAUCGUCGACCAGAUCCAUCGCAGCGAUGACGAUGAGUCUGACUACACGGAGAGCUACAUCUCCAACAGCAGAACCUCGAGCCAAAAUUACGCCAGAGUGCCGUAUGUACCUGGGGCUCGAGAUAUGGGCGUUCGUCCUUCAGAUGCAUUGUGCUACGUGAGCAAUGGUCCUAGCAGACGAUCUCCGCCCCCGCCCUCCGAUGACGAAGAGGACGCCAUGACGGCUAGUCCUAGGGUAUCAGUCGCACACUCCCUCGUGCGCGAGGACCUGACUGACAAUGCCGAGAGUGUCGUUGACGACGCCGAUGGGCCCUCCCCCGAGCUUGUGUCUGAGAUCGAGGUUCACGAGCAAGCAGAGGACGAUUUUGAAGAUUCUUGGGCCGCACUCGUCGAAGGGCCGGAAGAAAAAGCUGCCAGGCGAUCGGCCCAAGAAGCCAAGGAGGCUGAAGCGCAUAUUGUUGAGAGCGUCCCUUCGCCCGUCGUCGACGUCGUCGAGGUCCCCGCUGACGAAGCGGCGAUGGAAACACUCGACAUUUCGGCGGCUGCGAAUGACGAUGUGCCAAGCUGUGUAGAGGAUGAGGUGGUGGAUACUGCGAUUCCCAAAGAGACGGAGGACACCGACGCUCCUAAGGAGGCGGAGGAGGCUGAUGUUCCCAAGGAGGUAGAGCUCGAAGCUGAUGCAUCAGUGCAUGAGCCCAUUGAGGAACAUAUCCCUGAGCCUGCCAGCAACUCUGACGAGUCUCCGGUAGAAACAGACGUCUCGGUCAAUGAGCCAGCUCAUGAAGAAGCGGAGCUCUCCGAGCCUUCUGCUGAGGUCGCACAGCACGAAGAGCCUCUACCUGAAGCUGUCGAGGAGCCUGUGGCAGAGCUGACGGCAGAGCCUACAUCGGAAGAAACGACGGAAUCUGUUCAGGUCGCCUCCAAUGAGGAGGAGUCAGAGGCCGUCGUUGAGAUCGCCCCUGAAGUUGUAGAGGAAGACACUGAGAAAGCUGCCGAGUCCAUCGCUGCGUCGGCGGAAGACAGCAACGCGAUGCCAGCCGAGGAGCCUACUGCUUCAGCCAUUGAGGACGACGGUGAUAAUCUCACUGCCUCAGUUGAUACAAGUUCGGACGCCGAUAUCCCUAUCCCAGAUGAGCAACCCGAGCAGGCUGCCGUAACGGAAAAUGCUGUAUCAACAGACUUUGUCGUUGAUCAAGCACCUGAGGCUCCCCUCACAGCCGACGCUGAGGGCGAACGGGAGUUGGAUGCGGCAAGCCAACAAAACCCCGAUCAUUUCGAGGAUCACGAAAGCUCAAUCAUGGAUCGCUCAGCCAGUCAAUGCGGCGAUUCGGUGAUUCAGUCUAUCGAGAACGACGACGAGCAUGUACCCGAAGAGAAUGCUGACAGCUCCCACAACGAACACGAGGACGACGUCUUCAGCGACCACAGCCCACGAAGCUCAGUCGGCUCUACCUCAGGGGAGGAUCAUCGCCAGCAUCGCGAGAUCAGCGAAAAUGUCACGCAUCGGACACGCACGCAUCGCAUGUCUGACUUCUCCCACUACGAGACGGACGACCAAGAUGAGAUUUUCAUCCCAACGGUGAGGGGGACGCCCCGUCCACCGUUCCGAUCUCCAUCGUCUGUCAAAGCAAUACAGAUGUCCUCGCCAGCACAGAGCGUGAUCGGCUCAAGUCGCUCCAACCGCAGGACCCCCAUCCCCUCGGGCUCGAGACUUGGUUCGCCAAGUGCGCAGUACUCCCCCAAGAGGACGCCUCCAAGGUUCAGACGGGCCACGCCGCCUCUGGUCCUCUUGCAUGUCACCCUUUUGCCGCUGCGUUGGGGCUGGGGUGACGUGCUCGAGCAGGCGUCCAGCGAACAGCUGAGUGAGGGCAGCAAGCGUCUCAAGCAAGCAUGGCGACAGCUCCAGGAUCGCAUGGGCGACACUACCUGUGAGCGUGGCAUUCUUCUGCCGCACCCACAGAAUGACUUUGAGAUCCUCGAGGAACGACUACUCGAAGCGCUCGAGCUGCCUCUUAGGAGAAGGGCACGCAUCCUCGAGUGUGGUCAUUACCUUGGGCCUGCAAACGAAACGACAAUCCUGGAGGAGAGCUCGGAGGAAGAGGACGACGAAGCUGUCUUUGACGACUCACACCGACAAUCUCGCAGCUCCAUGGAGAAGAAGCACUGGUGCAACACUUGUCGUUCCGAGAUUCGCUUUGAUGCUCUUGGUGCUGGUAAGGUGUUCCGCGUCAAAGUAUACGCGAGCAACGGGCUUGUCAAAGCUGGUGCGUGGGAGGCUUGCUGGAAAGAAAUGGAGCGGGUUGAUGUGGAGAUUGAGCCGAUUGUCGAGAGCGACAUCCAAGAGGAGAUGGCACGCCUGGAUGACGAGCAGCAGCAGGCUCUGGAGCUGCAUCAGGAGCAGCUUGAAGAAGAAGAGGAGGAGGAGGUCGAGGUCGAGGCCGAGGCCGAGAUCCAAGCGGAGCCGGAGCCGGAGGACAUACCCGAGGAGCACGUUGAAGAAGAGCUUCACGAGUAUGUCGAGGAACCAACAGAGGUACACCACGAAGUUCCGUCUUCGCCUGUGCCGGAGAUCAGGGUUACGGAAAGCCCUGCGCCGCCAAGCGCGGAUGAACAACAGAGGCAGCACGACGAGCGUCUGAGAGAGAUCUAUGGACACUCGCCACAGCCUGUUGCCCAGCCCGUCGUUGUGGUCGAGCCACCUCCGCCCUCGCCUGAGUACAUGCAACGCCAUGACCGUCACCAGCAGCAGCACCAUCACCAUCAUCACCAGACACCAUCACCGCCACCACCACCGGUAGCGGACGAGUACACUCGCUACCGAGACCGCAGGCAAUCGGCUAGCCGGGAUGACUCUUUGCCGGAGCUGAUCCUGGAGGCGACCAAGGUCAUGCUCCGUGACUCGAAGAAUGUGGCCAUCCUGAUGAUGAGUGUUCUGGUUCUCGUCCUCGCCUUGAGGGGUGGAAGCAGCGCGGCUGGCUUCGACAACUUCCCUGUCAUGGCGAAGAGGGAGAUGCCGGCUGUCGUCAUGCCUGAGCGACCUGUCAACCAAGGCCCAGCUACAGUGACAGUCACAGCAGCCGCUACACAAAAUAUGCUGGAUAGCGCCACAAUGGCUACCGUGACGGUGACCCAGACAGCUGCUGCGACUCAGGCAAGCGUUGAGUCGCGGGUGCACGAGGAGGUCAAGACUGUAUCGACCCAGGAGAUCGUCAAGGUAUACGAGACCGUUACCGAGACUGCCUUCGAAACGAGUACUGUAACGACAACUCAAGCUUUGGCCCUGGAGGAAACAGCAGUUGUGGAUACUUCGGAUAUUGGUGUUGAGGAGGGUGAGGAAGUCGUCGACGUUGCUGGCGCGUCUGUCGUACCAGAGGCUGAUUUGAGUCAAGCCCCCGAGCCGGUCAUGGACGAAGCUGAUCCGUAUGUCGACGGGGAACAGGAAGAGGAAGAGAAGCCGGAGGUUGAGCUAUGA